AUGAAGCUACUGCGACUGAUCAGCCACGUUACGGUUGCAGGAUGCAUCCUUUGUCAAGGUUCAGCCUUUACAGCAUCGGGACGGACAAUUCAAACCCCACGGACGCUUGCCGCCACAGAAUCCACUUAUUCCGACAGUAGUACUACGACGACUUCUACCGAACAACCCGUCGGCGACAUUCUCAUUUUGGAUCAUUUGAACAUUAACCACGAAGAGGGUCGCCAUGAUUGGUUGAAUGCCUUUUACUUUGAUUUCUUGGGGCUGGCCGUCGAUCCCCGCAAGGAAGAAAAUUAUAAAUCGGGUCAAAAGACGGUAUGGGCCAACGCCGGAGCCCAACAAUUCCAUCUCCCGGAAGGAACACCCAAUGCCCAAGUAUUGAGUGGACAAGUCGUGUUGGUGUAUCCCGAUUUGACCGUCUUGCAAGAUCGAGUGACACCAGUGGCAUCCAAGUUGGACGGCAGUCAAUUUGCUGUCGUCAACACAAACGACGACGCACUGUUGGUCACGGAUCCGUGGGGAAGCUCCUUUCGAUUGGAACAAGGCGCAUCCGAACAACAAUAUCGAGAUCCACGAGGACUGCAACCCGGUGCCUUGUCCGAGUGUCUGGCCAUGCGAGAUCUCACAAUCUACACUCCCGUCACGGCCAAUCUGGAUGGCAUUGCCAGAUUUUAUCAGCACAUUUUUGAUGCCCCGGUGCUUUCCCUGGAUGCCAAGAAAUGCGUGAUUUCGGUUGGUCCCAAGCAGACACUGACGUUUGAAACAAAGGAGGGGAUUGACGAGGUAUCUCAUCAUGUCGAUUUGAGACAAGAAGAAGAGGUGGAAGGCAUGCCAUCCUUUUUGAGCAACUACGGUCCGCAUAUUUCCAUGUACGUGGCCGACCUUCCCGCCUGUUACCGGCGGGCCGACGAGCUGGGUCUGCCAUAUGUCAAUCCUCGAUUCAAACGUCGUGCGUACAAUCUAGAGCAAGCCGUGGACGAUUGCAUGUUCCGCUGCAUCGAUAUUGUCGACCCGGAGCGGCCUCAAGACGGGGUGAUUCUGCAGCUGGAGCAUGAAGUGCGCAGUGUGGUCAAACGAGAUGGAUCCUUGUACAAAUCCUGUCCAUUCGAUGAGGUGCCGGACGCCGUCAAGAAGAGUGGCAAUCAAUAG